UGCAAAAUUUCGACGAACUGGGCUUUCCGAAAGACCACGUCGGACGGAGUUUGUCUGAUAGCUAUUACAUAAAUAAGGAUAUAAUGCUGAGAACUCACACAUCUGCUCAUCAGCUACAAAUUUUCAGAUCAAACGUGGAUAAAUUUCUCUUAACCGCAGAUGUAUAUCGACGAGAUGAAAUAGACUCUCGUCAUUAUCCGGUAUUUCACCAGAUGGAAGGUGCUCGGAUCUUUCCCAUGUCGUCUGCUGCUUCCAUCAUAGAGAAAGAGUUGUCAUCAGAGACACUUGCGCCCACCCAAAUUAAAACCAUUGACGAUACAAUGAUCACCAAUAAUAACCCACUACAACCAUGCCAUGAUUAUGAUGCUACUAACGCCGUUAUCAAGCAUUUAAAGCACUCGUUGAAUGGAAUGGUUAAGAAACUGUUUAUUGGGCAAGAUUUGGAAGUAAGAUGGCAGGAUUCAUAUUUCCCGUUUACAAGUCCGAGUUGGGAAAUGGAAAUUCUCUAUCAUGGGAAAUGGCUUGAGAUUUGUGGCCAUUCAGAUAAAAUAGGCUGGGCGUUUGGUCUGGGGCUCGAACGGAUAGCAAUGGUUCUUUUUAACAUCCCUGAUAUUCGGCUCUUUUGGUCAGAGAGUCCACUUUUUAUUGAACAGUUUCAACCUGGUGUCAUCAGCAAAUUUAAGCCAUAUUCCAAGUAUCCGUCUUGUAUCAAAGAUAUCAGCUUUUGGUUGAAUGACAAUAACUUCCAUGAGAAUAAUUUCUGCGAAAUUGUCAGAAAUGUUGCCGGGGAUAUUGUGGAGGACACCAAAUUG